UACAAUGUUGCUCCAUAUAUAUGCUAUUGUAGGAAGUGACAGGGAGUUUUCAAAGAGGAACUAUAUGUAGGAGAGGACCCAAGACAUUCCUUGGGCAGGAAUACCCUUGCCCUAAAGAAAGUGAAAGCUUAAUGCCUCAAGUCUGCUCUGAAUGUUAGAGAUCUCGUCAGUGUGUUUCCACUGUGUUUGUAUUUUGUUGAUCACAAGGGUCGCAAAGAAUCUUUGCCAGGAAAAUGUUAACUCUAAUUGAAUCCCCAAUCCCAAAUGUGAGGCAGAAGCAGUCUUUCCAUUGUUCCUUCACAAAUGCGCUAUCUCAAAAGCAGUGGUAUCACAAAAUCACAGGCUCUAGACUGGAAAUUACUGUUGUAGGUCAUCUGGUCCAUUUUGCUUCUGAAAGUGGGGCUAAUUCCAGAAUCUGAUCAAGUUUCUAAGGAUUUUUGUUUUAGGAUUAUGUGCUGUCUUGUAGCUAGUCCCUCAAGCUAGGAUAAGUCAGCACAGGACAUCAUCACCUCCGGGAGCACUGCAAAAUGACUGUGCAUUUUGGUGCAAAGCUUGUCGUACUGCACCAGGGACUAUGGUGUUGAUUGUCUCCAGACUUAACAUCUCUGCCCUGGAGAAAAAAACAUCUUUGCAGUGAUUAAAGAGUUCACAUUUGUUCCUUUGCUGUGUGUAAGGUGGCAUAAUCAAUGAAUGCCAGAUAAGCUUCUGUGCAAUCUUGAGGGGACAAAUGGAGAGAUCUACAUGCCACUGACUGAAUCUAUCUAUCUGUCCAGGAGGCUCCAUUCAGCCUACAGUAGUUUUAGGGAAGUAGAGGGUCAUGGUGAAGUUUGAGUCUUUACCUGAGUAGGGACCUGUCCAAGGAACACUCUCAUUAUGUGUUCAUAGUGCAAAGAAAAGCUAAAGAGCUGUAUUUGCUUUUCCCACCAUAGAUGAGGGAGUGGUAACCAGCAGUUACCGCCUGGUGAGAGUAUGGAUAGAGCAAGCUUUUGAAAAGAUGCCAGGAGAGGUGAGGAGCUAUUUUUGGGCAAACUGGCCAGCCAUGCUCCCUUUUGAAGCCUCACUGGCAAGAGGCUUUUGGCAGCUGGAAGGUAGGCAUGCAGUGGGGCACGAGUUAUAAUCACACCUCUCUUCACCCAGCAAGCAAAGCAAAAGCCACAGUCAUGUUUGUGCAAACUCCUUUUACUCACCAGCCAAAGAAUGGGGGCUUCUUACCCCAGUCCAGGACAAGAAAAGAACCAUCCCCCCAAAACACCUCAAACAGUCCAAACCAUCUACUGAUCUUCAGCCUAGGCAGUAUUCCUGUUCCUCUAAAGGAGGGCUACUACUGUUUGGAAGUGCUCUACGCAAGCUCUUUCCAAACACUCCUCUCCCAUUUCCCUCAGGCUGGAAGUCAUUUUAGAUUUGCCAGCUGGGACUUGGCCCUUGGGCUGAUUCCAGCACCUGACCCUAGUUCUUUUGUCAGAGUGAGCUGGCUGAUCCCUUGGGACAUUACAGUGUGCCCUGACGCAGGUGGUGCUUGAAAAGGCACUGCCGGACUCUGCAAGGAGGUAGAAAGUGACAGCGUCAAAACUGAGUGGUGGCAAAGCAGGGAUUUCCAGCUCCUUCUGAUGUUUGUUUCCUGGAAAUUUGGAGAGCGACCUCAACCGAAACGGCUCACCAGGGAAGCAAUGCGAAAUUACCUGAAGGAGCGGGGUGAUCAAACAGUGCUAAUACUCCAUGCAAAAGUUGCGCAGAAGUCGUAUGGAAAUGAAAAAAGGUUCUUUUGUCCUCCUCCGUGUGUGUAUCUUAUGGGCAGUGGAUGGAAGAAAAAAAAAGAGCAAAUGGAACGGGAUGGUUGCACUGAGCAAGAGUCACAACCUUGCGCCUUCAUUGGAAUAGGAAACAGUGACCAAGAAAUGCAACAGCUGAACUUGGAAGGAAAGAAUUAUUGCACUGCCAAAACAUUAUACAUAUCAGACUCAGACAAGAGAAAGCACUUCAUGUUAUCAGUAAAAAUGUUCUAUGGCAAUAGUGAUGACAUCGGUGUGUUCCUCAGUAAACGGAUCAAAGUCAUCUCCAAACCUUCUAAAAAGAAACAGUCACUGAAAAAUGCAGACUUAUGUAUUGCGUCAGGGACAAAAGUGGCACUAUUUAAUAGACUUCGAUCCCAAACAGUUAGCACCAGAUAUUUGCACGUAGAAGGUGGUAAUUUCCAUGCCAGUUCACAGCAAUGGGGAGCAUUUUACAUUCACCUCUUGGAUGAUGAUGAAUCAGAAGGAGAAGAAUUCACAGUGAGAGAUGGCUACAUACAUUAUGGGCAGACUGUCAAACUUGUAUGCUCAGUCACUGGCAUGGCACUCCCAAGACUGAUAAUUCGAAAAGUAGAUAAACAAACAGCGUUACUGGAUGCAGAUGAUCCAGUAUCGCAGCUCCAUAAAUGUGCGUUUUACCUUAAAGACACCGAGAGAAUGUAUUUGUGCCUUUCCCAGGAGAGAAUAAUCCAGUUUCAAGCCACUCCAUGCCCAAAAGAACCAAAUAAAGAAAUGAUUAAUGACGGAGCUUCUUGGACAAUCAUUAGCACAGAUAAAGCAGAAUACACAUUUUAUGAGGGGAUGGGACCGGUCCAUGCUCCUGUGACACCUGUGCCUGUUGUAGAAAGUCUUCAGUUGAAUGGUGGUGGGGAUGUAGCAAUGUUGGAACUUACAGGACAGAACUUCACUCCAAAUUUACGUGUCUGGUUUGGGGAUGUGGAAGCAGAAACCAUGUACAGGUGUGCAGAGAGUAUGCUGUGUGUUGUUCCAGACAUUUCUGCAUUUCGAGAGGGCUGGAGGUGGGUCCGUCAGCCAGUCCAGGUUCCAGUAACUUUGGUCCGUAACGAUGGCAUAAUUUACUCCACCAGCCUUACCUUUACGUACACACCGGAACCAGGGCCACGACCACACUGCAGUGCUGCUGGAGCAAUCCUCAGAGCCAACUCAAGCCUCAUGGCUUCCAGUGAAACAAAUACAAACAGCGAGGGAAGUUACACAAACGUCAGCACAAAUCCAACCAAUGUCACAUCAUCUACAGCAACUGUAGUUUCCUAACUACUGUCGUUUGUCUGGACUUUAACUGACUUUUGAGUGCUACAUUCAAGAGAACUGAACAAUUUUUGUGGUUUCAUGGGAAAACACCUUUCCAUUUUAGGUGAUGUUAUUUGAACCUUGUUACCUGCAAGUGCUGAUCUUAAAUACAGAAGCCACAAUAAAAAAAAAAAACAAAACAAAACAAAACCAAACACCACAACCAACACCGGAAACAUAAGAACUUUAUUGAAAAUCUAUUUUUCAGCUGUGUUUUUUUUUUAAUGGGCAAGAAACAAAAAAUGUGGCUGGGAUACAUGUUGAGCAAACUAGAAAACAUGAACACAACAUAGUUUUUAUGGACCAAGGAACUUGUAUAAGCUUUAGUAUAAAAGGUACAUUUUCACCAUACCUUUUUUGUAUCACAACAUAUAGUACACUUUUGUUACCAAAUAGUUUAUAUUUUUUUUUCCUCUGAGCUUUUGCUCUGAAGUAUAUUCAGGUUCCAAGCCUGACCAUGCUUGUAUAAUCUAAUUACCAUACUCUUCCAGUUUUAAAAAAAUAUAUAUAUUUUUGGUCUGUGGCUGGAACUGUUCCUUUUUUUAAACUGAAGUCUUGUGACUUUUUAUGAACUGAAAUUGUUUUUUAUUUCAGCAAGUAGAACCUUGUAAAGGCCAGCAUAUUUUUUUUAAGAUUAUAUGAAGUCUGUGCAAAAGCUUUAAAAAAUGCCUCUGCCUUGCCUGCAAUACAUGCAAUGUAUGUUAACUUUAGUGCUCUGUUUUCAGUCAUUGUUAAUAGUUAUUUCUGUUUUCCUUUUUUAAAUGUGUAUUUAUAGUCAUAAUUCGUGAGGUUCUAACAUUACAUGAGUUUUUUUAAAGUGGCAUCUCAAGCAGUCAUAUUAAUGAUUGUUCAUGUCACAGGCAUAUGUUGGUGUUUUUGAAGGGUUGUUACUGGGUUGCUUCCCCUCUUCCUUGCUCAGUCAUAGUACAUCUGAAAAUGUUUCAGGAUCUGUUCAGGUUUUUCUAAUCUUGUACAUAAUUUGUAUUAAGUGUAAGUUAAAUGUUUUAUUUCAAAAGUGGAAUGUUCCCAAUAACUUCAUUUGGCAGCAUGUCUUCUGUCUUGUUGGCAUGUAACUAAAGUACCAUGAGAAAUAUGUGCUACAAAUGGGAUUGGUAGGUGAUGCCCUUCAUCGUUUGAGAAUCACAACAAGCAUGUUUUUCUUCAUACUGUUCAGUAAAUUAGGCCAGACUUUGGUGUAACACUUGUAUUGAGAACGUGCUUUCAUUGUGAAGUGAUCAUACCAUAAUAACUAGAAGUAAAUUUUAUUACUUAGAUAUGGGCAAAUAGAAAACCAUAAAAGCACUAUGAAGAUGUUAACUCCUUCCAUCCUUAUUUCCUGUGGGUUUCUCUUUCCCUGCCAACAGCUUAUGCAGCAUUCAGGUCUUCUCUCCAUCAUAAAUUCAAGGCUCAUUUGCACUUUGACUUUGUUGGUUGUUGCAUUUGUUUUUCAUUUUGACUUUGCCAUGUUUUUGUCCCUCCUUGUAGACCUGCCUGCCUCAUUUGUAUUUCAAAGUAUACCCCCGUAGUUCAUUUGUAGUCACAGAACUAGGGAUAGACUCAUAGGACAAGUUCUGAUAGUGUGAUCUUCCUUUUUAAAAGCCAAAAUACAAAUUUUGUGCUGUGUUCAGCCUUUUCCAUACCCUGAAGCAAGAGUCACAGCUGCUGUGUAAAUGUGAACCUGUGGCUUCCUACAGUGUGUUGCUUACAAGCCUAUCUGUUGACCAUUUCACAGGGUUUUUAUUUCUGACCGCUUAUUCCAGUUUCAACACCCGCCACCAUUUUAAAGCAUUGUCUCUGCACCAUAUUUGUGUACUCUGUGCUCCGUUCUACUUGUUUGCUUUAGUGCUCUGUUGUAUAUGUGAAACAAUGUGGUUAAAGGAAGAAAUUGAUUAUAAAGCAUAUUUAGCUAAUAGUAAAAUUGGUGCCACUGUCCUUUGAAAAUGUGCUUGUAUUCUACCACAGGCCUUCAUAUUUGCUAUUCUGUCUGACAAAAUUUCUUCCCAUGACGUAGUCGCAAUGCUGGUUCUUAGCACUAGUGAAUACUGCCUCACCUCAUCUCUGUUUCAGUGACCAAGGGCAGAAUUCAUUGUGGCCUUAUCUCUGUUUUAAACUGUUUACUUGCAAAUCUGUUUACCUUUGUGAGUGCUAUAAAACUUUGUUUUAAUUGUGUUGUAGCAGGAAUCAUUUCACAGUGUUUUUGUUAGAAGCACAGAAGUAUCUUACAAUACGGCUUAAUUCAAGAGCCACAGAUUUUCAUCACUGGUUAGAAUUAAACUAAGCGAUAAAUAUAUAUCAGAUUCAGAGGGUAUUCAAGAAGAAACCACAAUAUACACACGGUAGACAAACCAUAACAAGCCUUUCAACCUUCAAAGGCUAUUUAAAAUAGCUUUUCAGAACUUGACACAUGCUUUUAUACUCAUUAUUUUAAGAUUUUUACAUAUAAAUGCAAUACUUUUUAUAUUCAGUUUCUGUACUUACAGCAGUUUUGCCCAGUAGAUGCAAUAUUCCUUGACUUGUAAAGAACCUAAUGACUUAGCCUAAUAUUUGGUGUUCUACACACUACAGCGAAGUGGGUGAAAAAAAGAGACUAUUAAAGUUCUGCUUACAAGAUCAUUUUAAACCCCAUUUUACCUGUGGGCUUGUGGCUCUGUUGUUGCCAGUAGUUAUUCAGUAGUACAGAAAUGGUCUUCCAGGUCCUUACUGUUGUUAAGAUGUCUGGUAGUUCAGAUAUAUUAUCUUCCUGAACUUUUUCCUGUGGGGUGAUAUUGUUACAUUUAUUGGCCUUGUGAGCUGUUAAUCAAUUUUCAUGCUAUUAACAAUAUCUCAAGAUUUUGAUAAAACUACGUUUAGAAUGUUUCAGUAUGAAACUAUUAUAAUUGUUCAAGUCUAGCUGUGUUAAGUCUGCUGUUAAUUCUAUAUACAUAGAAAUUGAGUCUGUGUUCAGAAUGUUGUUUAGUUCCAACUAUAGGAAGAAAAAGCAUAAAAAGCAUAUUAAGUGCUCAAAUUUAGCAAUGCCUUUUUCUUACUUUCUUUUGUUUGGAACUGCAUUUCAGAAUUCAACACUAGCAUAGUCUUUAAUAAACUGCUGCUGAUGUUUUUCCUAAUUAUUUGCCUGAGGGCAUCCCACGACUGUGUAAUAAUGGUAUUCUGUACUUCUUUUCAUUGCACAGACUUGUAAGAUGAGAAUGAUUACCUGAAAAGACAUGAACUCAAGACAUAAAUCAGAGAAUUCCCCGUAUACAAAAUCUUAAUGCCAAGUGAAGCAAAUUAUCUAUUGGAAGUAAGCUACCCUCUUGUUGAUUGAAUGACUCCAUUGAGGUGUCCAUCUUGAAACUAAGAUGCUCUUCAAUUAUUAACCAUAUUAUUUACUUUCUUUCAAAAGCAGCUGUGUUUAUGAGUACUGAACAAAUGUGUAUACUUUCCUGUGCCAGACUUUUGACUUUGUUUUCAAGCACUGUACUGUGGGAUUGAGUGGCAGCUUUGUUAGAAAAAGAAGUAUAUUAGGGUUCUACUUAACCCUUUUAGGACUGAACGACUUCUUCCCUUUAAAUGCUGUAAAUUAAAUGAGCAGUUCUAACUUUGUAAAUGUGCUGUGUUCAGCACUGCAUUUGCCCCAUCUGGAGGUGCUAUGCUAAUGACUUAUUUCUAAAUCCUGUAGCAUGUGUGUACAUUCAGUCUUAAAAGGGUUAUUUUUACAAACUGUGCACCUGUAAAGUUUCUUAGCAAUAAGGUAGAAAAAUGAGCAAGUUUUUACCAUAAUUUUCUAGAAUUAAUUGCUCAGUUCCAUAUUUCAUCAAGAAAAACCCUGCAAUAUGGGCAGUUUUGAGGAUUAAAUAAAAGUGAAAUGUAAACCACAUAAAA